CAGUGUAGCCGGUGGGCUGAGUCAGAGGGAGGCAACAAAUCCACACUUACUGUGGGAACACCGACAAGAGAAGAGAAGAGGAGAGGGCCUAAGGAAUCGGAAAUAUCUGGAAAUUUGCGCUUAACCAGUUUGAGAAACUUGCUUUUUCCUGAUGCUGAGUUUCGACUCGGAGACGCUCCGGAGCUGCGAGCCAGAGUUGGGCUCCUAAAGCGGCCGUGUAUGCCGAUUAUCCGCGCUCUUGCGGCCGCUUCAGCCCUCACCAUCCUCCUGCUGGGAGAGGAACCGGCAGGCUAGGAGCUAAAACCAUCACCAGCGCGCUGCUGCCUGCUGUUGCCAUCAUCCGCUGAUCCACGCUGACUCUCCCCUCCACUUUCUGCUCAGCAUCCAUAUUUGCAUCCCAGGGAGUGGCAGCAGCUAAAUCCCCCCCGAUUCACCCCCGGCAGGACGCUGAAAGUUGCCCGACGCCUCCACGGAAGCUGAAUUUCCCCCCACAGCAAAGCUGAACAUGGAAAGCGACGGCCUCCACUCCCUCAUCUAGUGCCUGAACCCGAAGCCUUCAUCACCAGGGAGGAGCUCUCCGGUCCCGGCAUCUCCCUGCUCCUGUAGAAUGAACAUGCUGAAGUCCAGCGGACUGAAGAUCCCUGGCCGUGGGCCCAAACAUUCCAGCCCGGUGGGAAGGACCUCAGCGGGUGGAACGUCCAGCCCCAUCGCCCCUAAAGACAGCAUUCCACUCAAGCCCACCACACCAACUAAAAUCUCCGAAGAGGGCGAUGAUGUGUUGGGGGACUACACCGUGGGCGAACAGGUCUGGGUCAACGGUGUCAAACCCGGAGUCAUCGCCUACCUCGGGGAGACCCAGUUCGCCCCGGGACAGUGGGCCGGCGUGAUCCUGAAUGACCUACUUGGCAAAAACGACGGUUCAGUGGGCGGCGUGCGCUACUUCGAGUGCCAGCCCCUGCAGGGCAUCUUCACGCGACCCUCCAAGCUCACCCGACAGCCGGUCGGAGAGGGGAGCGACAGCCACUCCACCGACUCGGCCCAGAAUCAGACUCAGCAGGGCGGCGGUGGCGGCGCCCCCGGUGGUCAGCGGGUGGUGGUGCCGCUCCGAGAGGGGCUGCUCAACAGCGCCGUGAAAACUGGGAACGAGUCGGGGUCCAACAUGUCUGACAGCGGCUCGGUUAAAAAAAGUGGAGAUAAGGACCUUCGAGUUGGAGAUCGAGUUCUGGUCGGAGGCUCUAAGAUGGGAGUCAUCCGUUACAUGGGGGAGACGGACUUCGCUAAGGGGGAGUGGUGUGGGGUGGAGCUGGACGAGCCUCUGGGGAAGAACGAUGGUGCCGUCGCUGGUACAAGAUACUUUCAGUGUCUCCCCAAGUUCGGCCUGUUCGCUCCGAUCCACAAGGUGAUCCGCAUCGGCUUCCCGUCCACCAGCCCGGCCAAGGCCAAGAAGAGCAAGCGGGUGGCCAUGGGGGUGUCCUCGCUAGCCCACAGCCCCAGCAGCUCCUCCAUCAGUUCAGUCAGCUCGGUGGCCUCCUCUGUGGGUGGACGACCGAGCCGAGCUGGGCUGCUGACGGAGACGUCAUCGCGUUACGCUCGGAAGAUCUCGGGCACCACGGCGCUGCAGGAGGCCCUGAAGGAGAAGCAGCAGCACAUCGAGCAGCUGCUGGCCGAGAGGGACCUGGAGAGAGCCGAGGUGGCCAAAGCCAACAGCCACAUCUGCGAGGUGGAGAAGGAGCUGAGCGUCCUCAAGGCCCAGCAUGUGCAGUAUGUAACAGAGAAUGAAAACACCCUCCAGCAAGUCAAAGCAAUGUUGGCGAGCACACAGAAAGAUAAACUGGAACUGGCCAAUCAGCUUGAAGAAGAGAAAAGGAAAGUGGAGGACCUCCAGUUCAGAGUAGAAGAAGAAUCCAUCACCAAAGGAGACCUGGAGACUCAGACGAAAUUGGAACAUGCCCACAUUCGUCAGCUUGAGCAGAGUCUGCUCCUCGAAAAGUCGAGAGCAGAGGAGCUCCAGAAAGAAUUAGAGAAGCGGAGGCAAACCACGGUGGAGGAGCAGAGUCGCAUCGUGCAGCUGGAGGAGGAGCUCGGCCUCCGGAGGGCCGAGAUCGAGGAGCUCCAGGUUCAGCUCAGAGGGGCCGACGGCGGCUCGCAGAAGGCCGCCGACGGCGAGGCGACUCCGGGGAGCGACGCCCAGCCGGAGACCCUCCUCCUCCGGGAGCAGCUGCUGUCGGCGGGUCGGGAACACGUCAAGGAGAGCAGCGAGCUGAAGGAGAAGUACGAGGCCGAGCUAGCAGCAGCCCAGCAGGAGAUCCACUCCCUGAAGGCCGUCGUGGAGAAGCAGAACCUGGAGAUCAGCGAGGCGAAGCAGAAAGUCCAGCAGGCCAACAAGGAGAACGUGGAGAUCAUGGACACCUGGAAGGCUAAGUUUGACACUUUAGUGAGCGACCACCAGCGAUCCCUGGAGGAGCUGAAGGCGUCGCUGAGCGGCGACAGCGCUGCUCCAGAGGGCCAAGAGCCGGACGCCCAGGAGCUGAGGGCCGCUCUGGAGGGCCUGAAGAUGGAGCACCAGCUGGAGGUGGAGAACCUCAAAGCCAAACACAAGAUCGAAGCCGCCGUCCUGACCAAGGAGCGCGAGGACCUCGGCGCUCGUCUGCAGGAGGCCAAAGAGCAGCUGGCCGAGGGGAGCCACGCGUGGAGGGCCGAGGCCGAGGCCCGGAGCGGGAAGCAGGCGCUGGACGAGGCGGCCGACAAGCUGCAGAAGGCCGAGCAGAGGCUGGCGGAGGUGGAGAAGCUUCGGGAGGAGCAGGACAAGAGCACGGAGGAGCUGAGGGGGAGGCUGGAGCUGUCGGAGAAGAAGAUGAGCGACUACGAGGCGCUGCAGAAAGCUCAGGCCGAGAGCCAGGAGGAGAUCCAGAAGCUGGAGGAGAAGCUGAGGGUGACGGCCAACCAGCUGCAGGCCAUCCAGGCCGACCGCUACACGUCCCACGAUGCAAACGUGAUAGAAGAUAAUGAACUCUCAGAUGAGAAGAUGAAGCUGAAACAGAAUAUUGAAGAAACAAUGGAGAAGCUGUUGAAAAGGGAAAAAGAGGUUUCUACGCUCACGUCCCAGGUUGAAGCCCUCAAAUCGCAGAUCGGAGCUCUGGAAGGCAAAGUUCGCUCAGGGGAGAAGAAAGUGGAAUCUCUGGCCAGGGAGAAGAUGCGAGUGGAGGCCGAGCUGGAGUCCAUGACCAAGAAGUCCCAUGAUGCAUCUGGGCAGCUGGUCAGCAUCAGCCAGGAGCUGCUGAAGAAAGAGAGGAGUCUGAACGAACUGAGGGUGCUGCUCCUGGAGUCGCAUCGUCAUUCUCGGGACAUGGAGAAAGACCUGAACCGAGAAGUCCACAAGGCCGAGUGGAAGGUGAAGGAGCAGAAGCUUCAGGACGACAUCAAGACGCUGCGAGAAAAACUACUUUUACUGGGUCCUGGACGUUGCUCUCCAGACCUCCGGCGGCACUCGAUGCUCGACCCGUCGGCUCUGGACUCGGAGGUGAACCGCCUCCGCCAGCGGCUGCUCAGCACCGAGGAAGCCCUGAGGAACGCCUUGGAGCACAACCAGCAAGUCGACAAGCUGGUCCAGGCCAUGCGCAGACAUCCGGAAAAAAGCCCGGUCCAUGGCGCAAACUCAGCUAAUGGGAUUCACCACCAGGAGUCUGGCAGCACUCGAGAUGAACAACACUGAUAUGAGCAGAAGAGAUACAACUGGGACGCUGACACGACCCAGACUGAACUGGGACUCGCAGAAGUAAAUCUAAAAAAGACAGAAGCUUGUCCGACGUCUGUCCCGAUCCUGCGAUGGACGCCUGAAGAAUCUUUCAGUUUACAGUUCAUGCCAAAACAGCGAAUCUCUAUCUCAAGUGAAUUUAUGUGUUGUUGCAGAAAGCACCUAUUAGCCAAUCACAAAGACUGCUUAAAGUCCUAUAAAGUAUAGACAGGAAGUAAGACACGGACAUGAAGAGACAUUAUCGGUACAACAACUGCUGAGAACUCACAAUGUGGCGACUUUUGAUGCUUUACGGUAGUUAGAAAAGUUUGAAUCUACGAGUUGCCGGGAACUCUUUUGACAAUUCUGAAUUCUGAAAGCAAAAACAGCUGACGGACAACAACGUGAAGAACUGGACCUCAGUCGCUUUGUCUGUUUUAUUUAUUACUUUCACUUUGCUCCUCUGCUUUGUAAUAAUCCUCUAUACUGUAGGUGAGCUGUCUUGGCCUCAGAGCAACACGUAAGGACGACUGCUUUUAAAGGGAAUGUGGCUAAUUUGUCACCUUCUUAUGUGAUAUCUGAGGAGGAUUGGUAGCAAAAUCAUUCCGUUGUUCUGUAUUACAGUGCAUAAAUAUGAUUGGAAAUAUUCUCUCCGCCCAACAACUUCCAACUUCCUUGUUUUUGAAAAUAUAAUCCAGACAUCGUAGGGUUUAAAAGUGGUUCUCAGUUGUCUGCAAAAGGUUUAGGCCAAAGAACCGAAGAUCCAGAACAAAAACCAGCUUUACUUACAAAGCUGGUACAGAUUACACACAGAAAAGUCCAAACAGGCAAACAAAAACCACACACAGAACGCAAAAAUGCAAAAAAAAUACUCAAAGAAAACAAACAGGAACAGACAAAAAGGUCAUACAUGACAACAUAAACUAGAACCAGGAAAACAUAAGAAAUACAAGAAAUGGCUGGAAAUCUUGACAAAACAAAAGGUUAGAGUAUACACAGCAUUAACUCCACCUACCUAACAGUGCAGAUCCUCCUCGUGCAGCCAAAACGACCCAGAUAUCCUUAAAGUUCUGAUUUUGGGAGUAUAAGGGUCAGAUCAAGGCUCUUGGUCAUGUUCCUCGAGCAGCUCCUGAGUGGUUUUUAUGCUGUGGCAGGUUGUUUUGAGCCUACCGUGGUCUACAACAGGGUUCAGGUUGGUACCAGGAACCAGAACUUCCCAGCAGAACUUUGCAUUGCUAUGAGACGUUCAAUGUCAUCGACUUCAUCCGUCUGCUUUAUAUGUUAUAUAUGUUAGACAGAAUACGCAAGAAGAAUCAACUGGGUAACAAUGCAUAGCUGAAACUAACAAAACUGGUGCGAAUGAUCACAAAAACUGAGAAAACACAAAGACAGGAGGCAAAACGAACAGUGACUUCAUAAUGAAACAGGCAAUUACCACAUAAAUUCAUCAUAAAACCAAAAACCAUGACACUGGUGAGAUUGAAUGCAUUUUGGUUGCAAAACAUUUUUUAAAAAAUCUACUUUUUUGUAAUAUUCAUAUUCCUGUAUGAUCCAAACACCAUUUUUGACCAAUAAUAAGCAGCCUUUUUGGCAUGUAAACAAUACAAAGGUCAAACUGUAUAGUUACUGCCAAUUCCAAGUUUCUCUGAAAGUAUCUUGACGAAAAGUCAUAAGUCUUAAAUCAAGUUUAUUCAUUCAAAGGACGGAUAUAGAAUAAAGUAAAUAUCAAUUUAUGAAAUAUAUUAAAAUAAUAUCAAGAACCAAGAACAGGAUACCAACUGAAGGUCAAUUUCUAGAUGUAAUAAACAUGAAAAACUGACUAUUAAGACCACUAAGAGUGAGCGAAACCCAUUGAAACAUUGACGCUUUAGGGUUUUUCUUUAAAAUGCCAAAGGUGGAAGAACAUUGGGUUGAGAGAAGAAGCUUAUAUACCAUCUAUAGUGAUAUAAGAAUGAAAAAUGGAGCUCUAAUGGUGGUAACGGUGUAAAAACUAGUGCAGGUGAUCACAAAAGUGGAGAAAACACGACAGGAUGCCAAAUUAACAGUGAUUUCAUAAUAAAACGUAAUUACCACAUAAAUUCAUAACAAAACCUUGACACUGUCAGAUUGAAUGCAUUUUGGUUGCAAGACAUUUAAAAAAAAAAAAGUACUUUUUUGUAAUAUUCUUAUUCCUGUAUGGUCCAAACAUCAUUUUUGGCAAAUAUUAAUAUUAAACUGAUAAUUAAGACCACUAAGAGAGAGCGGAACCCAUUGAAAACACUGACGUUUUUAGGGUUUUUCUUUCAAAUGUCAAAGGUGGAAGAACGUUGGGUUGAGAGAAGAAGCUUAUAUACAGUUUAUGAUGAUAUAAGACAAAAAAAUGGAGCUGUAAUGGCGGUAACGGUGUAAAAACAAUCCGUUGAGUGCAUUUUCAUGCUGCUAUAAUGGCUACUCCUCAACAUAAAACCACACAUCAGUGGUGCAAAGCAUUAGCAGUCUUAUAUAUCGACUGAACUACCAUGAAUCCACCAUCCAGCCUUACAUCUACACUUUAAUGCCUUCUCAUUGGGGGAGAAUUAUCUGUGACAGGACUGAUGAUGAUUUCACUACCAAUCCUCUCCUCAGGUGUUAGUAAAGUGGUGGAAGGUCUCGUCUCCUAAAUAAGUUUUCAGCCAUUGCACAUCAGUGGACCUCCAAAAGACUGAUAUGAUGUUUAUAGAAUGAAUAUAGUGAAUUAUUCCAGACUUUUUCAUUCUCUUAAGGACUUUCUGACCCCCACACUUUUUGUUUUAUUUACUGUGCAUCAAUACGGACGCCAUCCAUCCACACAUUAAUAUAAAUUAACUACAUGUGGCACGAUGUAGAAGCCUGUUUUAGUGUCCGAACAAACGAUUUUGCUUUGUCAGGUCUACUGAAGGGCUGUCGCAAGAGCAAAAACCCAAACAAUGGACUCAUCCUUCGCCCAGAUUGACGGCAUCUGUUGUAUUUGUACUCUUAAGUCUUCCAAAUAUUGUUUUAUCCAUUCGUCAACUCAACCAGGGGGAUGCUGUUUGCGAGACGGAGGUGAGUAGUAGGAGGUCAGCUCGGAUAAAAAGCUAAAUUUUUCCAUCGGAUAUUGUACUCUGCCUUUUCAACUGCGGGGGUUCGUACCCUCUGGAUCAUUGCUGCAGCGGUUUUGGAGAUUGAUUCAUUAAAUAUUAACAAUGUG